AUGUCACCGACGCCUCCAACGCCAGAGCGCCGUCCCCGCCAUGCCACAACUCCAUCUUCACGCCCAGUCAGCAAGAGUGGCACGCCGACCGCUCCUACUUCUCUGGUUUUAGUAGCUGGAGGCGAGGGAGAAGAGGCCGCACCUUCUCGCUUCAAGCGUGUUCUGGACAAGGCUACCGGCAAGCACUACUACUACGACAAGGAGACCAAAGAGACGUUCUGGACCCUCGCCGACGCGCCAAACAGCAUAUCCCCAAACCUUCCGCCCGAAGACCCUCGGAAGCGGAGGAAGACGUACGGGUUGCCCCCCACGCACGUCGAGGCCGUCGCUCAGAACCAAGGAGCUGUUGUUUGGUGGAAACUGCCAUCCUCGCCAGAAGAAAGAGAAGGGCCGCAGCACACUGGGGGAAACACGAAAGCAACAACAACCAAUACAAAGGGCGGAAACGGACGAGGAGGAAGUGGGGGUCGCGCCGUGGAAAGUUCGGUGGCAGGCGACGAGGAGAAACGUUCGCCUCUCGUGCCGAUUGGAUUCGUCGUGUACCGCUACCGACUGGAUGGCCGCGAGUGGCACAAGAAAGGGGCUACGAGCGUAGACGACGCCAAGGCCGUGUCUACCGCCGUGAAAGCAUUGUCAAACGGGCUUGUCUACAGGUUCACGGUCGCUUCGAGGACAGUCGAAGGCGACAGCGCGGAGAGCGAGCCCUCCGUGGCUGUGCGUCCGAACGAGCCGCUGCCCGAGGGUUGGAAGGAAAAAUUCAACGCCACCACCGGCAAGUCGGUGUACACGAACGUCAAGACGGGCCAGACGAGCUCGGAAAGGCCGGAGUGCAACCCUUACUUCGUCGAGACCGACCUGUUCCUCAGGUUUACGCCGGAGGAAACAGAGACCCUUUCCGAGGAGUUCCGAACAAUGGCGGAAAUGCAGAGCAGCACGUUGGUGGCGAUCGACGACAUAAUGGACGUGCUUCCGAGGAUAGGAGAGCCUCUCCGCGAGGUCGAGGUGGUACGACGGCUGAAGGCGGAAGGCUGGGAAGGCGUGAAGGGCGGGAGGGACUUGCCCAGCGUGACUUACAGGCAGUUCUUGGCCCUGCUGUGGGGCAUCAAGGGUCCCAAGAGCACGAGGAGGUCCAUCGGGAGGCGGGUGUGGGACGCCAUGGUGGCGAGCGUGACGCCGAACAGCGUGUCCUCGAGAAAGCUAGCCCUGAUAGAACAAGACCCCGGGAAGCGCAUGGGCAACUGGGAAAAGCUCGUGCACCCGGUCGUCCGGCGAGCGUACUUCGUCAACAAGGACACCGGCCAGGCGUCUUGGACGAUGCCUGCGGAGGUGAAAUUCUUCCUCAACGACAAACUAAGGCAGGACCUCCUGAAGACGACCUUCAGCGAGGAAGAGCUGGCGGGUCUGCAGAAAGCCUUCGCCAAGAUGGACCUCGACGGCAACGGCACCAUAGACGCCGACGAGCUAGGCCUAGUCCUCAAGUCUUUCGGAGAGGCCGUACCCCCAGGACGUCUCAAAGCUCUUAUCCGUGAGGUCGACCAUGACGGCAGCGACUGCAUCGACUUCGAAGAAUUCACCGUGAUGAUGUCCGCCGUUAAGAACGGCAGAGCCAGCCUUGGGUGGGGCAGAAUAAACAGGCACCUGCAAGGCGACGACGACAGGAAGUUCGACGUUCUCAAGGGCCAGUUGAACACCCUCAAGGCAAGGCAAAAGAAUGGAGCCGCCGGUUCGGGUACGGUUGUUUCCGGCGGUGGUCGUGCAAGCCACGGCAAGUUCUGCCUCUGCGGGUGCCGGGGAAUCGAACCCUCAGACCGAAACGACAAAAUAAUCUACAAAGACUGGGGGACGAAGCAAUUGCACCGUACACCGUGA